AUGAUCUCCCAGGUCGUUUUAUUUUUUUUACUUGUCACAUUUGCAACCUGUCUGCUACGAGAACGUAAAUACAAGCCUCUGCGUUGUGAGGAAACGAAUAUUAAUCAAACGCGAUCUUCGCUUAUAGCCGCUUGCCUAAAGGCAGAUGAAUGCUAUAUUAUUAGACCAGUGGGUAAUUGUCCGAAAAAACAAGUGUGUUGUGUAAAGAAACGCAGUUUUAAAAUUGAAGAAAAUGAAUGGUUUGACCCAUUGGUAUUAAAUUUGUACUAUUUAAAAUGAAUAAAAAUACCAUUCGCUGAAAAAAUUGAACAAAAUUAGAUACGCUGUAGUCGAGUGUCUCGACUGAAAUUACCCGAAGCUGAUAUUGCAUUUCGAAAAUUUUUGCGGACAUAUUUAGAUCGACUUGGCUACUCAUACUGAUCAAGGACACUCUCCUAGUAACAGGAGCUAUAUAGUAGGCCAAUCCGUCCCGGUCCGACUUAGUACACAAGUACUUCUGUUGCAGAAAGAAAUCUUUUGCAAAGUUUCUCCAAAGAGAUAUAAAACAGAGCGACUAGUUUGCGUAGAAACGGAAAGACAGACGGACAGAAGAACAUGGCUAGAUCUACUCACCUGGUGAAGCAGAUCAAGAAUAUAUAUACGUUACAGGGUCGAAAAUGUGUGCUUCACUGCGUUGCAAACUUUCCUUAU